AAACAGAAAGCCAGCUGGCAGAAACUGAACAGUGCCACUGCAUUUUUAUUGCUUCUAACCCCAAAAACCAGAUUAUUACUAAAAAAAAUGUCUUUUUUAAUUUCAUUUCUCUCUGAUCCUGCAUUAGUUUGUCUGCUGUGUGCAGCAGUAUUAUUAGCUGUAGCCUAUUUUUCAACUGGCUAUAAAAAUCCAGCUUUUAAAUUACCUCCUGGUCCAACUCCUCUUCCGAUCAUUGGUAACCUGCACUUGGUGGAUCUUAGAAGGCAAGAUAAAUCACUAAUGAAGCUUGCAGAAAAAUAUGGCCCCAUCUUCACCCUCCACUUUGGGUUCCAGAAAGUUGUGGUCCUGACCGGGUACGAAGUUGUGCGAGAGGCGCUUGUGAACUACACAGAGGAGUUUGUAGACAGACCAUCCAUCCCAAUAUUUGACCAAAUUCAGAAUGGAAACGGUCUGUUCUUCUCCAUCGGGGAGCUGUGGAGGACAACGCGCAGAUUCACCGUCUCCAGCAUGCGCAACCUCGGCAUGGGGAAACAAAUGAUAGAAGGCAGAAUCUUUGAGGAGCUUCACUUCCUCAUCGAGAUGAUCAAAUCCUUCAAAGGGGAACCUUUCAACCUGCCGUCCUUCAACUGCGCUCCCAUCAACGUCACCUUCAUCCUGCUCUUUGGGGACAGGUUUGACUACAAGGACCCAACAUUUCUCACUCUCUUAAGACUCAUAGAUGAAGUUAUGAUUCUUCUGGGAUCCCCAAAUUUAAACUAUUUCAAUUUCUACCCGUUCCUUGGAUUUCUUUUCAAAACCCACAAGAUUAUGCUCAAGAAAAUCGAAGAUGUGCGUGCCAUUUUAAGGCAAUACAUGAAGGCAAGCAGGGAGGAUAUCAAUGAGAACAGUGUGAGGAGCUACAUCGAUGCACUGGUAUUCAAGCAACAAGAGGAGAAGAACAAGAAAGACAGCCUCUUCCAUGAUGACAACUUAAUGGCAUCCAUACUUGACCUGGUUAUGGCUGGAACAGAGACCAUUGCCACCACACUCCAGUGGUCCAUCCUGCUCAUGAUGAAGUACCCAGAGAUUCAAAAAAAGGUUCAGGAGGAGAUUGGGAGAACGGUCAAAGCUGGGAGCUGGGCCACUUAUGAGGACAGGAAGAGCAUGCCCUACACCAACGCGGUGCUGCACGAGGUGCAGAGGUUCAUCACCCUCCUGCCACACGUGCCCCGCUGCACUGCUGUUGACACCCACUUCAGAGGCUACUUCCUUCCCAAGGGUAUAAUUGUAAUCCCAUCCCUUACCUCAGUGCUGCUGGAUAAGACACAAUGGGAGACACCACAUCAGUUCAACCCCAACCACUUUCUUGAUGCUGAAGGGAAUUUUGUAAAGAAAGGAGCUUUCCUGCCCUUCUCCACAGGGCGGCGGAACUGCAUCGGAGAAAGCCUGGCCAAGAUGGAGCUGUUUGUCUUCUUUGUGGGGUUGCUCCAAACAUUCACUUUCCGACCCCAGCCGGGAGUUUCAGAGUCUGACUUGGACCUCACCGUCCCCCAAACGACUUUCACAUUAAGGCCUCAGCCUCAGGCAACGUGUGCUGUGCUGAGGGAAUAACCACGGCCUUGGCCCAGAGCCUCGGGGUCCAAGAGCCCAACUUUGCUCAAACUCACCAUCCCCAUCCUGCCACACCACCACAUCCCCUUCCCACUGUCUCCAUCCAGUGCCCCUCCACCACUCCAUCCUCCCCAGGGCUGCUCUUUGCUCCUGUGCUGUGGGGGAGAUGCAAAGGCAAACCCCGGUGCUCACAAUCACACCCCACCUCUCAAGACAGAUGGUGCACGGAGCUGGUGAAGGGACCAAGCCACUGCUCUGGUGGAGGGGAUGCAGCCCAUGAGCAGCAGGAACAACACCAGGCACCCAGGUUCACCAUGGUGCUGUCACAGAAAUCUGCCUGGAAUCCUGAGGAGGAACAAACCACGGUUUGCUGGAGGCCGCACAAAGACGCCGUGGAUCACACGUGGAUCACACAUCCAUAGACACCUCCCGAGCUUUCCCACAGCUCACAGCAAAAUCCUACCUGGAUUUCACCUGCCAGGCAGCCAAGCCAAACCCAGAGUGAAAAAUCUGAUCGGUUCAUGUGAUUUGAGGACUCAGUCACUUCUGCCUUGGAACAGUGUGCUGGGAGAUGUCCAGAGUCUGCAAACCUCUUCAGAUAAGCAAGUGCUGCUACCAAGCUCAACACUGCUCCCCAGUCAGAACGAAACAGGAGCUGCAUUUCUAAGUUUGCAAUUUAAAUCAUGAGGCCACAUGAGAUUUGCACCAGCAUCCA